UUUAGUUUAGCAAUCAAAUGCAAAUUCAGUAGGACAAAUAUAUAAUAUGUGAUGAUUUUAAUUUACAGCAUGAAAACUAUAAAAUUAUUAUAUUUGGCAUAAUUAUACAAACAUUUAAAUAUGUGAGUAACAUUGAAAUAGAUAAUAAUUAUGUAAAAAAAAUAUCUAUAUAUAUAUAUAUAUAUAUAUAUGUGAAUAUAUACCCGCACAACCGUGUGGGUGAAAAUCUAGUUAGAUUUUAUGAGUGGGUCCUAUCAAUUAUAAUCACACAGUUUUAGACCAGCAACUAGAUUCAAUAAAUCACGCAAUAUCUCGAAUGAUCCAUCUUUAUCCACCACUUGUGUUAUGUUUUAUGUUGAAAUUUCAUAUGCUUAUCCAAAUAGCUAUAUAAUCGAUGUAAACUUAAACAUGUUGAGAAACGCCCAUAGGUUCGGAUCGUACUUGGAAAAGAAAACAUCAACUGUGUCAGCCACAUGUCAAUAUCACAUAUUCCCCUGGUCGCACCUUUGAUUAUUAAUAUUAUUAUUUUUCCUCUAACCAAUAGUAAUCUGAUAUAACUUUCUUCUCCUCCAACGUAUUUAUAUUCAACACCUUUCUCUCAAGAUCAUCUACUCAAAAUGGAUUCGAGAGACGCUGGAGAAACUCAUCAGGCCAAGUACAAAGGCAUCCGACGCCGGAAAUGGGGAAAAUGGGUAUCGGAGAUUAGGGUUCCAAGAACUCGUGAACGCCUCUGGUUAGGCUCUUUCUCCACCGCUGAAGGCGCCGCCGUAGCCCACGACGUUGCUUUUUUCUGCUUGCACCGACCAUCUUCCCUGGGCGAAGAAGUUUUUAACUUUCCUCAUUUGCUUCAACCUUCCCUCGCAUCUUACACGUCUCCUAAGUCCAUCCAAAAAGCUGCAUCAGACGCCGGCAUGGCCAUCGAUGCUGGAUUCGCCGUUAAGAAAGACGGUGUGAAUGGAGGCGGCGAAUAUAGAUUAUCCACGGCGAACAUGGCGGAAUACAGCGAAAGGGAAGCGUUGAGCAUCUCCGUGUACGAUUAUCUACUGGAUGACGAUCGCAUGUGAGCACCUUAUGUUAGCAAUUAAUAUUGGAUGUGAAUACAAUUUUUUUUACUUCUUUUAUUUCCCAACGUGAGUUUUCAUUUCGCAUGCUUCUUUUUUCAUGAUGUAGUUUUCAUCAAUAAAAAAAACAAAUUCUUUUAUACGUUA